AUGUACCGUGUUCAUAUGUUCACCCGCAUACCGGUCCAUAGUUGUCUUGGACGAAUAUCUACCCGAUUGAAGUCCACAACAUUGGCUCAACCUGCUGGAAAAAAUGCUGUAAAUACUUCACGUACUGCAGCGUCUGCUGCAAUUGCAGUCAAGGCUGAACCAUUCAUGAAUGGUACAUCAGGAAUUUAUAUUGAACAAAUGUAUGAGAGCUGGAAGAAAGACCCUAAUUCGGUUCAUCCUUCGUGGAGUGCGUAUUUUCAAAAUGUUGAACACGGCCUAGCUCCAGGUGAAGCGUACCAGUCUCCAUUUUCGUUGACAACAUCAGGUAUUCCAGCUAUUGUACCGGGUCUUAGUUCUUCAGUAGCACUUUCUGAAGAAGAAAUUAAGGACCAUCUGAAAGUACAGUUGUUGAUUAGGAGUUACCAAGUGCGAGGACAUAACAUAGCGGACCUGGACCCACUCGGCAUCAAUAGUGCAGAUUUAGACGAUAGUAUUCCUGUUGAGCUGGAUCCUCAGUUUUACGGAUUAACUGAGGGAGAUAUGGAUCGUGAAUUUUAUCUUCCGAUGUCAACCUUUAUUGGUGGUGAGCAAAGUAAACUCACAUUGAGGGAAAUCGUAUCAAGGCUUAAGAAAAUAUAUUGCCAUCAUACUGGUGUGGAAUAUAUGCAUCUUACAAAUUAUGAUCAACUGGAAUGGAUUCGGAGGAAGUUUGAAGCUCCAAGAGCGAGUGAACUCUCAAAAGACCAAAAAAAAACACUUUUUAAAAGACUUAUACGGUCUACGAAGUUCGAAGAGUUUCUUGCAAAGAAGUGGCCAAGCGAAAAACGUUUCGGGUUGGACGGUUGUGAGGUUUUAAUUCCUGCUGUGAAACAAAUUAUUGACGUCUCUAGCGCUGCCGGUGUAGAUUCUAUUGUAAUUGGGAUGCCGCAUCGUGGACGUUUGAAUAUACUUGCUAAUGUCUGUCGUCAACCGUUAUCUACAAUUUUGUCACAGUUUUCGACGUUGGAACCUGCAGACGAAGGCUCUGGUGAUGUUAAGUACCAUCUUGGGGUUUGCCUUGAUAGAACAAACCAUAGUUCACAACGGAAAUUGAAAGUUGCUGUUGUUGCAAACCCGUCACACCUUGAAUCCGUCGAUCCUGUUGUCAUGGGCAAGGUUCGAGCUGAAACAUUCUAUAACGGUGACACUAAGGGAGAUCGCACGAUGGCGCUAUACAUGCAUGGUGAUGCUGCAUUUUCUGGACAGGGCAUCGUUAUGGAAACUUUCAACCUUGAUGACUUAAAGGCUUAUACCAUUCACGGCUCUGUACAUAUAGUCAUUGGAUUCACAACAGAUCCGAGGAAUUCGAGGUCUUCACCAUAUUGUACUGAUAUUGGUCGUGUAGUAGGUUGUCCUAUAUUCCAUGUGAAUGCCGACGACCCUGAAGCAGUUAUGCAUGUCUGUAAUGUUGCAGCCGAUUGGCGCAGAACUUUUAAAAAGGAUGUAAUUGUCGAUUUGGUUAGCUAUCGUCGCCAGGGUCACAACGAGCAGGAUGAGCCCAUGUUUACACAGCCCUUGAUGUAUCAAAGAAUCAAGCAAACCAAACCUGUUUUGGCUGUGUAUCAGAAACAAAUUCUCUCCGAAGGUGUGGCAAAUGAACAGUAUGUUAAGGAUGAAGUUGCAAAAUACAACACCAUAUUAGAGGAAGCAUAUGAAGCAGCACAGAAAGAGACCUAUGUCAGACAUCGUGAUUGGCUUGACUCCCCUUGGGACGAUUUUUUCAAAAGGCGUGAUCCUUUGAAGAUCCCGGCAACAGGGGUUCCCAAAGAGACGUUGGAACUAAUCAUCAGUAAAUUUGCGUCUUACCCGAAAGAUUUUAAUCUUCAUCGUGGUCUGGAAAGGAUUUUGAAGGGCAGAAAACAGAUGUACGAAGAGAACAGUGUGGACUGGGCUAUUGGUGAAGCAUUUGGUUAUGGUUCUUUGCUUCUUGAAGGCAUCCACGUGCGGUUGUCCGGCCAGGACGUAGAAAGAGGCACAUUUUCUCAUCGUCACCACGUCCUUCAUGAUCAGAAAGUUGACCAGAAAACUUACAUUCCAUUGAACGAUCUUUCUGAAAAGCAAGCGGAAUAUACUGUCUGCAACUCUUCUCUGUCUGAAUACGCUAUAUUGGGCUUUGAACUUGGCUAUUCAAUGGUGGACCCGAACUCUCUUGUAAUUUGGGAGGCACAGUUUGGUGACUUUGCUAAUAAUGCACAGUGCAUCACUGAUCAGUUUAUUUCGUCAGGACAGUCAAAGUGGAUCCGUCAAACUGGUCUUGUUGUGUCUCUUCCCCAUGGUUAUGAAGGGAUGGGGCCAGAACAUAGCAGUGCCAGACUGGAAAGAUAUUUGCAAAUGUGCAACGAAGAUGAUGAAGUUGACCCAGAUAUGCUUGCCUUUGGACCAACAUUUGAAGCACAACAGCUGCAUGACACAAACUGGAUAGUUGCAAAUUGUACCACACCUGCAAAUCUCUUCCAUAUACUAAGACGGCAGUCACUACUUCGUCACCCCAUGGCUCGUUCCAAAAUUGAUGACUUUUUGCCUGAGACAAAGUUUUGUCGCACAAUUCCAGAAACGGGGGAGGCAGAAAAAAGCCCGGACCAGGUUAACAGACUCGUUUUUUGCACAGGCAAAGUUUAUUAUGACUUAUGUAAAGCACGGGAACAUCUUGGAUUAAAUUCCAAUAUUGCAAUUUGUCGUGUCGAACAAAUUAGUCCAUUCCCUUACGAUCGCAUUGAAGCCGAGUGCUCAAAGUACAAAUUCGCUGCACUCAUCUGGGCUCAGGAAGAACAUAAAAACAUGGGAGCUUGGGGCUUCAUCCAUCCACGUUUCAACUCGCUUCUCGCCAAGCAGCAGAGAACGAUUAAAUACGCUGGACGGCAACCCUCAUCUUCACCAGCAACAGGAAACAAGUAUACUCAUAUUCAAGAACAAAGAGAUUUACUUGCAAAGGUGCUCAAUGUCAGACCGUCAGAUCUGGACGGUUUCAAAGGGUAG